AUGGCCAUCACAGAGUUUCCAGCCUUGGUAGAAAAGGCGAAGGUUGUAGAGCGGCUAGAGAGCGUCGGCAAGCCGGCGAAGACUAUUGGUGGGCCAGUAGUGGUGCUGGUUAUCAAAGGAAGCCUUAUGACAGGCCCCAACAACAAGGGGGUUCUGCCACAAGGAAAUCUGAUGAGAGAGCUUCGAGUGACGCUCAGGUUGUUAGAUGUUAUCGGUGUGGUGGGCCACAUAUUAGCAGAGACUGCACUUCUACACAGUCUAGGUGUUUUAGGUGUAGCAAAUUGUGCUCGAAGAGAGUUGUUAUUUCCUCAAUUGGAGGAUGAUGUGUUAUUAUCAGCAGGUCAGGCUGAGCAGUUGAUGGGAGAUGGAGCUGAAUGCUUCAUGUUGUUUGCUGCCUUGAGUGUUGAGACGGAGAGGGCCAUCACUGGGAUUAAGAUUGUCAAUGAGUUUCCUGAGGUGUUCCCAAAUGAUGUAUUGGGAUUGCCACCUAUGCGAGAUGUUGAGUUUAGCAUUGAUCUGGUGCCAGGUGCAGGGACAGUAUCAGUGGCUCCUUAUAGGAUGGCUCUAGCUAAGUUGGUAGAGCUAAAGAAGCAAAUUGAGGAAUUGUUGGAAAAAUAG